UUGUUGUUGUUGUGGUGGUGGUGGUGGUGGUGGCGGCUCCCGCCGCCGCUAUGGGUCUCUCGGAGCGAGUGAGGAAGCAUUGGUUCCUGGUGGGCAUCGUGUUGGCCAUCACCUUCGCUAAGCUGCAGCCGUCUGUCGGGGUCCACGGAGGACCAUUGAGGCCAGAGAUUACAAUCACGUAUAUUGCUGUUUCAACUAUAUUUUUAAACAGCGGUCUGUCAUUAAAAACUGAGGAGCUGAUGAGUGCUUUGAUGCAUGUGAAACUCCACUUGUUUGUACAAAUCUUUACCCUUGGAUUUUUCCCUGCUGCCAUUUGGCUUUUUCUUAAAUUAUUAGCUCUGACGUCUAUCAACAAAUGGCUUUUAAAAGGUUUGCAGACAGUUGGUUGUAUGCCACCCCCUGUGUCAUCUGCUGUAAUUCUAACUAAAGCAGUCGGUGGAAAUGAGGCAGCUGCUAUUUUCAAUUCUGCUUUUGGAAGUUUUCUGGGAAUUAUUAUCACGCCACUACUACUACUUCUGUUUCUUGGCUCUUCUUCUUCAGUGCCUUUUACAUCAAUAUUUUCUCAGCUAUUCAUGACAGUUGUGGUUCCACUCAUUGUAGGUCAGAUUCUUCGAAGAUGCAUGAAGGAUUGGGUUGAAAGGAAGAAGCCCCCAUUUGGAGCGAUCAGCAGCUGUGUGCUCCUUAUGAUCAUAUACACAACCUUUUGUGAUACUUUCUCCAAUUCAAAUAUUGACCUAGAUACCUUUAGUCUAAUAAUAAUUAUUUUUAUAAUAUUUUUCAUUCAGCUGAUCUUCAUGUUUUUAACUUUUGCCAUCUCUACAAGGAAGAAAUCGGGCUUUAAAGCCGCAGACACAGUUGCCAUUAUGUUCUGUUCCACGCAUAAAUCUCUUACUCUUGGAAUCCCAAUGUUGAAGAUAGUGUUUUCAGGGUAUGAACAUUUAUCUCUCAUCUCUGUUCCAUUACUCAUCUAUCAUCCCACCCAGAUUCUGCUAGGCGGCCUGUUAGUUGGAACAGUGAAGACCUGGAUGGUCACGCGUCAAAAAGCAUUAAAACUCACAAGACAAACCAAGAUCCCAGUAUAACAUCGGUGGAAACCCCUAUUUUGUAUGAAUGUAUGUAUAAUGUAAUGUACCAUACAUAUAGAAUUGCAGCAAACUAUUCCAAUUAAGAUCUGUAUUUAAGAAUUGUGCAUAUAAGUCAUUUAUUUUUGGGGGUAUAUGU